UGGCUCUUUUAUUAUGCUAAGUGUAGAUUGCACAAAGGGCCCCCGGCGGAGAGCGGGCCGUCUAGUCAGUUUCUGUCUCUGCAACUGACCAGCAAGAUGUGAAUUUCUCUCCGGCUGGCUGUGGACACUAUUUUUCACGCGGGGUGGCGUUCGACUGCGAGCCCCCUGCCCCUCAACUCCAGGGAGAACAUGCGCUAAGGCUUUUCUACCCAAGCCAACGACUGCACGUGAGUCACUAUGGCAACCAAGCAGCCCCCACCUCUAAUGAAGAAGCAUAGCCAGACGGACCUGGUGAGCCGACUCAAGACACGAAAGAUCUUGGGAGUUGGAGGGGAAGAUGACGACGGGGAAGUUCAUAGGUCUAAGAUCAGUCAGGUCUUGGGCAACGAAAUAAAGUUUGCUGUACGGGAACCCUUGGGGCUCAGGGUCUGGCAGUUCGUCUCUGCCAUCAUAUUCUCUGGGGUUGCCAUUAUGGCUCUCACUUUCCCGGAUCAGCUCUAUGAUGCCAUCUUUGAAGAAGAAUCAGUCAACAGCAAGACUCCCAUUAGGCUGUACGGAGGAGCCCUCUUGAGUCUCUCCCUUAUCAUGUGGAACGCCCUGUACACAUCUGAGAAGGUCAUCAUCCGCUGGACCCUGCUGACAGAAGCCUGUUACUUUGGGGUGCAGUUCCUAGUUACCACCAUUACCCUUGUUGAGAGUGGGCGGAUAUCCACAGGUGCCAUGCUCCUCCUCGCCAGCCGGAUCCUCUUCAUCCUUAUCACCGUUUAUUAUUAUUACCAAGUUGGACGGCGACCCAAGAAAGUCUAAUCCCUGAGGCUUCCUGGGGAGAGGGUGGUGAUGUUGCAUUAUUAUUUUUUGUUGGUUCCUUCUGUUCUGAAACAAUUCCCUUCUUUUCCACUUA